UUACAUUGUGACGUCAAUCAGUCAGUGACGUCACACUUAGUGAUAUGUCGCUAAGUGGUAAGGGUAGUUCUGUAUCCUACCUAUUCGAGAUAGUGUAUGCAGUACAAACUCGACGAGAUUGUCUGGGACUUUGUGGCUCUAUAGUAGAACUAGGCUUGUGGCAAGUUGAAAAAGCUGUGGUCGCGAAGGAAAUCCCGCAAAAAUCAGGGAUAUGGUUUGCUGCCGUGGAUCUCCCUUCAAGGUCAGAGUUCUGUUGGAAAUGGGUUGUGUUGAAUGAACAGAAACAUGCGAUACGGUGGGAAGAGAGACCAAAUAGAAACAGCAGGACAGGCGUUUGUCAUGGCAGACUACAGACUUCUUGGAACGGUGGCGAAAUUUUGUCUAUAUCAUGGAAACAGAAAUACCAACAUAUUGGAAUAGACGACACGGGAGAUGAAUGUGAAGAGGAAUACAGCUCCGCCCCUCCGUUAGACAUUAUAAAAGGUUGGGCGGCAGACGACGGCGACAUUUUAGAGCCAAUGCAUUCUCGUCUAUCAGAAAGACCGUCAACAACAAGACACCAAGGGAACCACCCGAUUGCCAUCCAAGUGUCGGCCCAGGAAGCGAUUCGCCACCAAACUACACUUGAGAAACCAACUUUGGAAGCAAUAGAAACAUCCAAGCGCAGUUUACCGCCAAAACUUCAAGAUCAUUUAAUUCGAAGUAUAUUAUCUUGGGUCACAGGCUUCCGGGACUUUAUAAAUACCCUCAUUGAAAUAAAUUACAGCUAAGUUAA